CGCACGAUUGAUCACACAAAUAGGACAUUAAAAUCAUUCUAAAGAAAAAGAUCAGUAGCUUACAAACGACCAAAUCUAUACGUAACUUAAUUUAGUGUCGAAAUUGUUAAUAAUUUAAUGAAAAGUGCGAGUUUGAUCGAUAUCGCAAUCCCCAGGUGAUAAUUUUCACACACCCUGAGUACUCGAGAUUAAUUAAAACAGUCGCUUUUUGGUGUUGCACACAUUUUAUGUGCAAUUAAACUCUUAUCAAACAACCGCAACGCCCACAUCUCUCCCUUUUGAUAACUUCCAAACAGUUACUUGAGUAUAAAAUCGUCUUGAUUUAUUGCAAAGUUAACACAAGUUGCGGUAGAGUAAUAUGUUUCGGCCGAAGAGCGCGACAUCCCGUCAGGAGUCCGAGAUGGCGUCGAAGAGCCUCCGCGAGUUGCAAGCCCUGGGGGCUGGGAGCGACCCAGUUCACCGUCUGCGACUGUUGUGUUUGUCGAGGGGGGCAAAUGGGAUUUUGGGGUUGGGCCGCAUGUUUCGGAGGAUGGACGACGAUGGGAGCAAACAGCUGAAUCAGGAGGAGUUUGUGAGGGGGCUGCGGGAGACCGGAUUGGAGGUAACGGAUGAAGAAGCGCUGGAGCUUUUUAAAAAGUUUGACGACGAUAACAGCGGGAGCGUUAACAUGACCGAGUUUUUAGUGCAUCUAAGGCCCCCGAUGUCCGAGUCACGCAAGAAAGUCGUUGAAGAAGCGUUCAAGAAAAUGGACAAAACUGGAGACGGCGUAAUAACAAUAGACGAUUUAAAAAACGUCUACAACGUCAAAGCCCACCCUAGAUACAUAGCAGGAGAGGAAACUGAGGAAACUAUUUUAAAAAGAUUUCUAGCAAAUUUUGAACAAGACGCCACCAAAGACGGCCAGGUAACCCACGAAGAAUUUUUCAAUUACUAUUCGGCCAUAAGUGCGUCGAUCGACAACGACGGCUAUUUCGACUUAAUGAUGAGACAAGCCUACAAACUGUAAUUUUGCAAUCUUAAAAUUCACUGUUUGAUUCACUUUCUCUAAUAUUCCUAUCCUAAUCUAGAUUUAAAUACGUGUAUUUCGACUAUCAUCUAUUUUAUUAAGAAAACACGCAAUAAAAUAAAUGUUAUUGUUUAUUCUUCAAAAAUA